UACAAAAUCUAAAUAUUAUUUUACAUCACAAAUAAAUCUUACUCCAUGGUAUAAUUUGCCUCACACGGCACAUCCAUGCAAACACAAGCACGGAGAAUGAGCAGCACCGCCAUUACUUUUCCUUCGUCCUCCUCUAUUGCAGCGGUGGGAACGCCGGCGACGCGGACUCGGGUAGGCAAAUAUGAAUUGGGAAAUACGUUGGGGGAGGGCAGUUUUGCAAAGGUCAAGUAUGCCACCAACCUCGACUCCGGCGAGAGCGUCGCCAUCAAAAUCAUCGACCGUGACCGCAUCCUACGUCACAAGAUGGUCGAAGGGAUUAAGAGAGAAAUAUCUACAAUGAAGUUGAUCAAACAUCCCAAUGUUCUAAGAAUCUUUGAGGUUCUGGCAAGCAAAACAAAGAUUUACAUUGUACUUGAGUAUGCAAAUGGGGGUGAGCUCUUUGAUAAAAUAGCUAGACAUGGGAGACUUAAGGAAGAUGAAGCUAGAGGAUAUUUCCAACAGCUUAUCAAUGCUGUGGAUUACUGUCACAGCAGAGGUGUUUACCACAGAGAUUUGAAGCCUGAGAAUCUAUUGUUAGACUCAUUUGGCAUUCUUAAAGUUUCUGACUUUGGGCUGAGUGCACUUCCAAAGCAAGUGCGAGAAGAUGGACUCCUUCAUACUGCUUGUGGCACACCAAAUUAUGUUGCCCCUGAGGUGCUCGCUGACAAAGGCUAUAAUGGUACAUCUGCCGACGUAUGGUCUUGUGGAGUCAUUCUUUUCGUUUUAAUGGCAGGAUACUUGCCAUUUGAUGAACCAAACCUCACGGUUUUGUAUAGGAGAAUUCAAAAGGCUAGUUUUGCUUUUCCAUCAUGGUUCUCAUCAAGUUCCAAAAAGCUAAUUAAACGUAUUCUUGACCCAAAUCCUGUCACACGAAUAACAAUUCCAGAGAUUUUGAAAAAUGAUUGGUUCAAGAAAGGUUACAAACCACCUCACUUUCAGCCAGAUGAGGAUGUAACUCUUGAUGAUGUGGAUGCUGUUUUCAAUGACUCAGAGGAAAAUCUUGUUACCGAAAUGAAAGAGAAACCUGAAUCCAUGAAUGCCUUUGAACUUAUUUCUAGGUCUCACGGUUUCAAUCUGGAAAAUUUGUUUGAGAAACAAAUGAACCAUGUAAAAAGAGAAACAUGCUUUACUUCCAAGAGCCCUGCAAAUGAAAUAGUGUCUAAAAUUGAGGAAACAGCAAAACCUAUGGGUUUCAAUGUCCAGAAAAGAAAUUACAAGAUUAAAUUACAGGGUGAUCAGACUGGGAGGAAAGGUCGUCUUUCUGUUGCCACUGAGGUGUUUGAGGUGGCUCCCUCCUUGCACAUGGUUCAACUCCGGAAAACUGGUGGUGACACUUUAGAAUUUCACAAGUUCUACAAAAAUUUGAAUUCUGGAUUGAAAGAUAUAGUCUGGACUACUGAACAAAGUAAUAACGAAGAACCAAAGGUAGCUUAGAUCAAAAUAAUGGAAGAUGAACAUCGAUCUAGUGAGGUUCUUCAAUUCCUGGCGUGUGGUUAUACUCUGACUUUGAACCAUAGUGGGUUUCAUGUAAGAUCUUGUUGUCAUUGUUAGAUCGAGGGCUUAGAUCAGAGAAGUUUGCGUGGGAAGACAGACACUCAUUCUUGAAAUUAUGAUUAACCUUAGCUUGAUCGUGUGUUUAUGCUUUUGACUUAUCAACCAGAUGAACGAAAUUAGCACACGUAUGAAUUGGAUGCUGCACUGAACCAGUUUGCCACGUCAAGCUGAGAAGUAACAAUCUUUCAUGAGAAAUGAGAAUGGCCUUGUAUUAAGUUUGUGUUCAACUGAUUCUCUAACAUUUUAUAUAAUAGAUACUGGAUGUUUCGUAAUUUACCUGAAUUAUAUGGAUAAAGGCUUUAUA